AAAAAAGGUUUAUUUUUCUACUCUUUGACGGUGUCCAGACGAAGUGAGGAUUCUCGCUUCGUCACCUUCGUAUUCACAGUGUUCUGUUUCAAGUAAGAAAACAAUGAGCGAGCUUAUAUCGACAGCUCCAUUGUACACAAGAGAUCGGGUCCACCAAACGAAAAUAGGGAAUAUUCUGUGUACUGGGAAAGGCUGUAUUGGCUGUGAUAGAAAGUUUCAGACUGGUGAUCAGGACUUGUCGGAAAUUUUAGGCGAGGUCGAUUUGGUGGAUUUUGACAAACAGGAGCCUCGGUUUUUACCGACUUCUACCUGUGCAAGAGGAUUUUCACAUAACUACGACAAACACAAUGACGGUCGGCAUGGAAACACAGCAUUGAUGCGAGCUAAAACAAAGAAGGGAAAACUUCUCAGCAGAUCGAAACUUCGAGUGCAAGAGCGAAAUAUUACCAAGGAUGGUGUAAAAGUUAAAGAAAGAGAUUUUCAGCCCGCUAAAAAUAAAAUGAGUAGGCCAGAGUCAUUAGCUGUUGAUCAUAACACAGAUACUAAUAGACGUUGUUACAGAAAAAUUGUGAAGACUUCGGCUCAGUCAAAUCACAAAACAAUAAGAAAUAAAACUGUAUCUUUUUCGGCCCCUCUUGUUAGGCAGGGGACGUUUACUCUUGAAGUUAGUGAAACUGGAAAAUCAGAAACGAGUCAAGAACGUAGAAAUAACCGAAAACAAUCGACUGCUCCUCUGCAAACCAAUGGUCAUCACUGGAGAUCUCGGUCUCACCUCUCGAUAGCGGAACCAGACACAAAUUUCUUGAAAGUCAGGCAGGGGAUGUCCACUCUUAUAAAUGGCGAGAAAGGAAUAUCAGAAAAGAGUCAAGAACAUAUGAAAAACCGUAAACAAUCGACUGCUCCGCUGCAAACCAGUGAUCAUCACUUGAGAUCGCGUUCUUACCCUUUAAUGCCAGCACCGAAAACGAAUUUCUUGAAAAUGCUUCAUAACAGCAGUGUAGGAAUAUUUGACAUCAAGUCAAUGAAAAGCAAAAAGAAGUCUAAGUGGGUGAAAAAAGUUUUGAAAUCCGGAGUAAAAGAGGAAGAGAUAUUUCCUCAAAUUGAAGGUCGGAAAACCACGAGAGGCGGCAACAGAAACUUUAAGACAGCGAGAAACAGCCAAGAGGAAAGCACAUCAAAUUUACCUCAGAGAUCUAACGAAAAAUACAGAAACAAGGAAAAAGACUUAAAAAAUAUAUCUUCGAAAGACAAAGGGUUUUCAGCUUCGGAAGAUGAUCGUCAAUCUUCGGUUCUUGUGAUUGAGCAUUCCCACGACGAAAUGAACACAAAAGAUGAGAGUUUAUACAAGCUUGGUUUCACAGCACAACGUAGUGAAAGAAAGAAGAACUUUCCCGACGUUUCAAUACUGGAAAUUGCCGAAAGUUUGGAAGGUUUUGUUCAGCUGGGAGUUAUAAAACUUAUCUGUCAAGAACACGAAGGCUGUUGGUAUAUUAUAGUGAGUAGCCGGAUUAUUCGUGAUUUUCUUGUUCAAAAUGGCGUAAAGAUGCGUGGCAGGAACUUCCAACUGAUUGAUUGUACGAAAAACUCAUAUUAAUCAGUAAGUCCUGGAAAUGCUUAACAAUUAGCUUCAUGUUGUGAUAUGAAUGUACAUUAUCCAGCCAACAGGUUACGAUAAUAAUACAGAAAAAAAAAUUAUCAGCGAUUAAAUGAUUGAGUGGUAUCUCGAUUUAUUGCAUCUAUUUUUAAACCAUAGAUGAUCUUUGCAAUCUGAUGGGCUCUCAGCAGUGCGAUUUGUUCACGAAUCGCUCCUCUCUUUUCGCUCUAAAUCGCAAUCGUUUUCUCAGCUUGAAGAGAGCAACACCAAAGCAAAACUCUCAAUCAGCAACCGUACAGCAACCGAGUCUGGCCGUUGAGGGAGCCUGGAGUUAGAGCCACCUUCACGCGCCAUUGUUGGAAACCUGGUUGCCGGCUCCUACCCUAGCUGCCUGUAGAUUCUAGGGAGAUUACAGUAAAUGAUCCUC